AUGAUACUGCCAUACCAUAACGAUAUGUCGGUCAAUCUAGACAAAAUUAAUUUAAAAAACGCAAAGGGGAAAAAUAAACUGAGCGAAAAAAAGAUACAAGAAAUAAAAAAACAGAUAAAGAAAAAGAAAAUUUUCCAACUCACCAUUCUCCUGGUAGUCAUAUCGAUUGUUGUCAUUUUGGCUACCUGUGUAUUCUCGUAUAUCCUUGAAACGUCACAGAAAAAUCUCCAAAUAAACUCAGAAAUUUUAUUAAACAAAAAUAAUGCUGCGAAGAAUGCCGAAAUUGUGGAACUGAAAUCCUACAUUAACUUCUCUACACACAUAAUGUCAUACACUUUAUUUAACAAUUCGAACAAAAUGAAAUCAAGUCCUGCUGCUACGCAUAGUAAGAAGACGGCAGAUAAGUUGGGAAGUCUUACUUCACACCUGUUUUAUGAUAACCCUUCAUCUACCUCCGAUGGAAUUUAUACUUAUGGAAAUGCUGGAGGAGAUGGAAAAGCUGACCAUUUUGACAGCCCUGUUCAUCUAACUCAACACCAUUAUGAUAUUAAUGAUAUUCACGAGGUAAUCAAUGGCACCGAUGGGGAGAUCGCUAAGCAUGGGGGGGGAGAAAUUAAUCUCUCCAAUCGCACAGAUGGGGAAGGAGAACACCGCCAUCCCCAAAUGAAAGACUUGAGUGAAUCGUUUCGAUCGAGUGGUGUAGAAAAUGCGGACAACGCUGUAGGAGGGGAGAUCGCUAAGCAUGAAGGGGAGGCUAAAGCGGGGUUACCGAAGGAGCAGGCAAGUGGUGGUCAUCCCUUUGGGGAGGUACACCUGGAUGGUGAAAAUACCAACGAACCGAGUGGAGACCCACUCGCAAGCGAAAAAGAACUGGUGCAAGAAAAUGUGAAAAAUUUUAUAAAAAAUCACAACAUGCCGAAUAACGUGGAGCAGGCAAAAAUAAGUAACGUAAUCGUCAAUGAAGAGAAACCCAUAAACUCACAAAAUCUCAUGGCAGAAAAUAACGGCGCCGCGAGUGACACGCAGGAAGUGGAGAUAAACAACGCGCCCAAUGAAAAUGACAUACAUAAUCACGAGGAAAAGCUGAAACAUAAGAAGUAUACUUCCAAAGCGGAGGGCAGUGAAGGGGACAACAACAACACAGAGAGAAAAUUUAUCAGUAGCAAACUCAACAAAAAGAAACAAAACACGAUUUGA